AUGGCGCGACAACGGCGUCCCUCGACCGCGUCGACCACAGCGCCCGACAACUCACUCCCGCCAGAGUCUGAACUCGGCUCCAUGUACGACUAUCUCGCAAAGAUCAUCCUCCUAGGCCCCUCGUCAGCUGGGAAAUCCUGCCUCCUCCACCGUUUCGUCAACUCAUCCUGGCGCAUCCUCUCCUCACAAACCAUCGGCGUCGAGUUCGCUACAAAGAUUGUAAAAGUCGGUGACGGCAACCGUAGAAAGAGAAUAAAGCUGCAGCUCUGGGAUACCGCCGGCACCGAACGCUUUAGGAGUGUGAGCAGGAGUUAUUAUCGUGGUGCCGCUGGCGCAAUUUUGAUCUACGACAUUACGAGCAGGGAUAGCUUUGCACAGUUGGGCACUUUUCUGAAUGAUGCGCGCGCCCUGGCAAGUCCGCAGUUGACCUUGUUGUUGGCCGGCAACAAGGCCGACCUUGCCGAUCCAGUCGACAGUGAUGCAGAAAGCGAUGAAGACAUGGACGAACUCGGUACCCUUUCACCACCAUCUGGCCAGACGCCGUCGAGCUACGACUCGCGCAGGUUCGACAGCAUUGCUUCCAGAGGCACUAUACCACGAGGUGGUAACGGCGCACGCGCUACCUUUGCGCCCGACGGUCGGCAGGUCUCUGCUACCCAAGCGACACAAUGGGCGACUUCACAAACUAUCCCCCUCGCUGUUGAGGUGUCAGCUUUCAAUGGUGAUGGUGUGGAUGAGCUAUUCAACCGUCUGGCUCGUAUGAUCCUGGCGAAGAUUGAGCUAGGAGAGAUUGAUCCCGAUGAUCCGCUUUCUGGAAUUCAGUACGGCGACAGCUUGUCUUGGGCUAUUGACGAUGGAGGAAACAGUAUAAAGAGUGGCAUGGAUGGACCCAGAAGACGGCGAAAGAGAGCAGGCACAGGCCAGUGGGCUUCCGGCCUGCGCGAAUGGGAAGAAGUUUUCAGACUUGAUGGACCCAGACGAAAAGGCUGCUGUUAG